AUGAUAUUGUAAGCCAUAUUGUUUGUGUAUUUAAUCUACUUAAUACAUUUCUGUUAAAAAAACAAACAAACCAUGAUCUUCCGGGAAGUACAGUUUGGCCAUGAAUGCGACGUCAUAUGGGUCUGUGACGUCAGACAGGAACCUGCGAUCCUGACAAAUCAAGAUGGCGUCCCACGGCAGAACAGGAAAGAGAUUUCAUAAUAAAUAAAACAAAUUCGGCUGUAAUUCAAAUCAAAGCAGCAUAUCAAAUUGAAACAGAGUCACAUUUGUAAGAGCAAGACGGAGCGGAUACAGUGUAUCUAAAUGGCUACAAGGAAGUCUGUAUCGGAUGCAUACAACAAUGGACCCAUCAGCUACCUUGAUGAUGUUCCCUUCAAGGUCAAUGAAAAGUUUCGCUGCCCUGCCAAAGUGGGUCUGCCUGUUGGCUUUUGUCUGCCAGACUGCGGCUCCUUGUUGGUGGAGACCCGGUAUGACUUUUCUUUGGAGAAUCGGAGUGUUCGCUGGGGUAUUGAACUGGGUGAGGCCCAAGCAGCAGAGGCUCGAGCAGAAGACACCGCAGCCAAACAGGAGACAGAAAACGGAGAAGGCUUGGCUCAAUCACAGGACAUUAAUGGUAGUGCAGGCAAGAAACGGUCUGCUAUUGAAGACCAGGACCCUCCCCCACCAGCAAUGAACCCUGUUCUGGCAGGAUUGAGCCAUGAUGCUAUCCUAACUCCUCUGCCUGCUCCAAGUUUUGGUCCAAGGAAAAUCCAACCAAGCAUUCCUCAGCCACAUUGCCUCAACCUUGCUGACUUUGAGCGGGAAGAGGACCCCUUUGACAAGCUGGAGCUUAAAACAUUGGAUGAUAAAGAAGAGCUUAGAAAUAUUCUACAGAGCCAGCCUCAACUUGCACCUUCUGUAUCUCCACCAGAAGUUUCCCAGCUGGGGCCUACUUCACGUGGAAACAGCCCGUCUCCUCCCACCAACACCAGCCUCCCAGCAAAACAUGGCUUUGCCCAUAAACCCAAUGGUUUAGUUUCUUUACUCGAUAUGGACAAAGUUGGGCAUCAUGGGAGAUCAGGGUUUGAAGCAGAGGAUCGACCCUGCAACAUACGCUCUCUGACUUUUCCUAAACUUUCGGAUUCUGGUGAUCCUGAUCCAGUAAGAUACAGCCCAGUCCCUGCACCCAUCCCUGCACCCCGACACAACCUACCCAAUGGCAGCCCCCCGAUUAUACCCAAAUCCCAAGUCAUUGUUGCCCCUGAGCCGCUCAGCCUCAACAAGGGUGGUGGACCAAAACCGGGAAACUUGUUGUCGGGUUCAGCAGGUUUGCCAUGUGGGGGAGCCCUGCUUAGCAUGACCCCCAGUGAGCGUCAAUGUGUGGAGACCCUGGUAGGCAUGGGGUAUUCUUAUGAGGGUGUUCUUCGGGCCAUGCAGAGACAAGGGCAGAAUGUGGAGCAGGUACUGGAUUAUCUCUUUAUCCACGGACGUCUGUGUGAGCGAGGCUUCGAUGCAAGCGCAGUGGAGGAAUGUUUAGAGAUGUACCAAUGCUCAGAAGAAAAGGCAUUGCAGUUUCUUGAGCUAAUGUCAAGAUUUGGUGAAAUGGGAUUUGAGCGGGAGGCCAUCAAAGAAGUGCUGCUCGUUCACAACAAUGAUCAGGACAAGGCACUAGAGGACCUGAUGGCUCGGGCCACAGCUAGCUGAGCAAAGCCAAUGAACCAACUACUGCAGGACCUGACUCCUGUUACCACCCUACACAGCCCCUUUCUUUCUUCCCACCCUGUCACACCAUGCCCUACGACAUGUGCUUGCCUUGGCUGUGGAAGGGACAGCUGAGAGACAGUUGUGUUUCUCUGUGCUAAACUGUAUUGUGUCUCAAGCACUUCUUCAAGACUGCGUGCCAAGAGUAACAAUACUUCCAGCAGUGUUUAUUUCUAAUAAAGCCUAGGGUUUAGUCCCGCAAACUGGUACUGCUAGGAUAUUGAACAAUGCUAAGGGAGACUUAGAAGAAUUUGGGCUGUGGCACUUAGAUGCCGUUUAUAUUUGCUUCCUCUUGGAAGUGUUGAGAUAACUGCAGGUAUAGCUGCAAGUCAGAAAUGCGAGGAGGCGGUCACAGUCUUGGUUUAAACUAAAAAAUAAACUGCAUAACAGCUAAGCUGCCAUCUUCCACUGCACAGUGCAGAUUUACAGUAAUAAAUGGUAGAAGGGCCUUAAGGAGGCUUUCCUGAAACUCCGACACAAAUCAACACAUCACAAGUACAAAGGCAUAGUGGCCAGACUUUUGAUUUUUGAUUUACUCAUAAUUUUUCAUUGAAACCUUGAAAAUAAGCGAUACUACUUUUGCUAGUUCGCUUUUCUACCUGCACUGGAAUAGCCUGUUCAAAGGCCCCCUCUAGAUGAAAUAGUAUAUACUAAAACGUAUACCCUACUGGAAUGGACCUGUCAAACUGCACACACACACGAUUCUUAAUUACGAAGAUAUUUAAAAGCUACACUGACACUUUCUUUUGAACAGAGUUCUAUAUAAUGUAGGUAUAAUUACAAAAAAUUACUCUUGUUUGCAUACUGGAAACGUGUUCAUUUUCAUUUUCCAGCAGCAUCACAGUGCAAUAGAGACAUUUCAUAUUCUGUAACCGGAAACUGCCGCUUUGAGCCGCUCUAAUUGUUGGGCGAUAUGAAAUUGUCUUCAAGUCUUGCUGGAAAUUUGGAUGUGAAUUGGAAAUGUUUCAGUGAUUAUAUCAUUCCAUCAUUGGAUUCUUCUAAUCAAACAUGGCUUUUGUUGGUUGACUUAUUCAUUUGUUUUUUUUAACAUGAAAUGAGUGAUCAUCUUAGUGAGUUUUUCACGUCUUUUAAAUGCAAAAAGUUACAAAGUCAUGUAUUUUGAUUGAUUUAAAUAAUUAUGCAGAAUAGAAGUGAGGGGGCAUUCGCUGUGGAUAUAUCCGCUGCAUUGUCUUCCCAAUGUACAGUAACAUCCUGUGAAGGGCUGCUACUAUUUGCACAACUGAUCUUGUAUUGUGUCAAAGCAAGAACCCCAUUCAUCUUUAAAAAUAGCCAACACUAUGAAACUAGGCUCAAAUUAGUAGACACCCUGCCAAUGAUUUGGUAAAAGUCCUGGGUCUAUACAUUUAAAAAGCUUACAUGACCAUGUAUGGGUGAAGUAGCUACGCUAAAAGAUCAGUUGGCAAAUUAUUGUCACUCCCAUUUAGUCACUUUACAGGUUGCAGAUUUCAAUGUUUUUUUUCUUUUUCCUCACUGCUCAUCAGUGAUUGCUGGGGUGACCGUCUUCUCGUUUGAGAUCAACUGUGGCAUUGCUAGACCUCCAUUGUACACCUUGGUUUCAGAACAUAAUUACCAGGUUUGAUAGUCAUUUUUUUCUUCUGUCGUUUAUACAUUUUUCUUCAAGUGUAUAUGCACCAGCUGUUUAUCUUACUACAACCUGAAGUUGAGGUCAACACUUGUUUUUUUUCCUUAAUUAAACUUAAAAACAAUUUGUUUAUCACUAAAUUGACAUAGACACAAUUAGGUGUCCGUGGGAUGCACAGUUGGUUUUGGGUCGUAUCCAUCAGUGUCUCACCAUGUUAUAGGAGCAAGUUUAAGGGUUUGCAGAUAGUUCUAACUUAUCACCCAGAGGACCGUGUCGGUUCUAACAUAUCUGGUGACUAAUCUUAGUAGGACAUUAUAAACUGAAUGAGUUCCUUGAUUGUGGGUUACAAAUGUUGAACUUUCUCUUCUCUGACUUUGAAGGUCACAAUGAUUAAAUAAGCAAAUCGUUUCAUCAAAAAACA